AUGCGCGUCUCGACCCAACUCUCAGUGCUGCUGGCUGCGGCCAGCGCCCAUGUCUCUGCCCAAGACACAGGCGAGCUUGGUGAUGCCGCCGAGGUGAACAACAACCCCGCUGGCGUCGUGUACAAGGCGACCCUGCCGGAGGCUGCCUUCUUCGAGCCCACCUACCCGGACGGCGACAACAUCAAGGGUGAUGUCACGGCCGAGGCGAACCCCGACGGCGGCGUGCGCUUCACCCUGAAGCUCAGCAACCUGCCCGAGACGGGCGGCCCAUUCUCCUACCAUCUGCACGUGGACCCCGUGCCGGAGAACGGCAACUGCACGGCGACGCUGGCGCACUUGGACCCGUACAUCCGCGGCGAGGCGACGCCCUGCGAGAAGGAGGCGCCGGCGACGUGCCAGGUGGGCGACCUGAGCGGCAAGUACGGCUCCAUCACCCCCGACGAGGAGGGCGCCUUCGAGGCGACCUACGUCGACCUGUACGCCUCGACCCUCGAGGGCAUCGGCGCCUUCUUCGGCAACCGCAGCAUCGUCUUCCACCACCCCAACAAGACCCGCAUCAGCUGCGCCAACUUUGAGCAGGUCACCCUGCCCGGGCCCGGCGAGGGCGACGGCAGCGACGAUGGCAGCGACGAUGGCAGCGACAACGGCAGCGGUGACGGCGACGACGACAACUCGGCCCCGUCCACCACGUCGGUCCCCUCCGCCAUCAUCACCCCGCCCCCCAGCAACACUGGCAACGGCACCGUGCCGCCGCCGCCCCCCACCAGCAGCAUCGAGACUGCCGGCGCGGCCGGGCUCAAGGUCGGUGCCGCCACCGCGCUGGUGGCCGCUGCCGCCUUUGCGAUGAUGCUCUAA